AUGGAGCAACUUAUUGGUCAACAAUUUCAUUUCCAGAAGAGACUAUGGCCUGGUGGAGACGCAUCUCGUCCUCUGAUCAAUGUCCCCAAAGUUGUUAACAAACCUGUUAACCUCAAGCAAACCGUCCCUCGCUCCAGUAAACUACAACCAAAACCAUCUAUAGAAAAGCAACCUGCUAAGAGGAAACAAAGUCGUCUAAGCUCCUUCUUCCCAAAAAAGACUGCUCCAACCUACACAAACAAGGAACUUACUGACAUGCUUCUCCAACUCCAACACAAAUGCUCUACCAUGGAAACCGAAUCCAAGGAGUUGAGGAAAAUGAUACAAAAGUCAAUCGUCCUUACAAUGGAACACACGCAAACACGUGUAGAAGUAAAAGAGCUAGACCACUCCCCAAUCGUUAGUCAAUAUGCAGCCCAGAGAUUCCUGUUGCCGGAUGAAAACGAGACCAACCACACCAUGCACGACCACACACAUAGCAACCACACCCCACCUGACCAUAACAACAUUGACCAGCACUCCUCCGACCAGAUCUUCAGUAACCACAAAUCCACCCAACCUGACCAUCACCCUACCACCACCAAAGACAGAAGCCAAAGCCCCACUGACCCUGAUAAACUAUUCUACAGCUCUCCUCAGGAAUCUCCUAUCACAAGCCGCACCUUUGCCAGCCUAAAAUCUGCUGUUUAUGAUGAAAGUGAGCACCCAAACAGUCCCCCAUUCCGCAGACUUCUUCUUCACGGCCUCACCAUUUACGAACCUAUCCACCCUGAAACUCCAUCCUCCACCCCUCCGAAAUUCGAUUCUUCAAUCAACCAAACUUCUCCAAGACCAUGCCCUGAAACUCCAUCCUCCACCCCUCCGAAAUUCGAUUCUUCCAUCAACCAAACUUCUCCUCUGCCCCGACCUUGCACCCAAUCUCUUUUCCCUGAAAUUUCCCCCAACAAAAGCCUAUUACUCGGUUUUGCAGAUCAUGCUUCUUCAGAUAACGCUUUCAAAGCGACAGCUAGUUCGAACUCUCCUCCGGCACUCAAGCCCCCUGUCAUCGAACAAAAUAAGGAAACUAUUCACGACUCCGACCUAGUUGAUCUCACAGACACUGACGAUGAUGCACACCCACCGGCCACAAGGCAUCAACCUUCUGAUGAUGACAAUGCCCUUGCGCAUAAACUGCAGCAGUGUCCUACUAUACCAGCCCUUGCUCUCAUUGCUCCACUUCCGGAACUCGAGUGGAACCUCUUCAACAAAACAUUGCCAGCCUCCAAAAAAGUGUGA